AUGAUUGUCAGGAGAACGGCAUUUUUGUUGGCGCUUGUAGUCGCUGCGUCUGCCUCUGAUAUUACGGAGGAGGAACUUCUUCCGGACCCACAUCUGCUAGGUGGUGUUGUAAGAUCUUUCGGAGAUUUUCCUGCAGCUGCCUUUAUCGUAACUCCGGGAAGAGAGAUUUGCGGAGCUGCUGUAGUGGAUGAACGUCAUGUUGUAACCCUCGCUCAGUGUGUCCUUAAUGGGACCUAUCAUACCAUCAACCCCAGGCUGUUGCGAGUCAAUGCCGGAGAUAUCCGUAUUAUACCGGUAUCCCACACUCGCCAGUCAAGGCUGGGAUUAGCCGUCUACGUACAUCCGCAUUUUAAAUCACAUUCACUGGAAAAUGACAUCGCGGUUAUUCGUCUCCAAGAACCGUUCCACUUGCCAUCGAACGAGGUAGAACCGGCUUUCCGUCGGACCAGGAUUGUUCCCAACAACCAUCCAUGCCACCUAGUCGGAUGGGGACAAAUUACCACAACAGGAACUACCAUCGACUAUAACCAAAGAUCAAUUCCCCAAACGGUCAACGAUCGGGAUCAGUGUACCAACCUGCGUCGAAUUCGGCCCAUCUUCGAGAGUAUGAUUUGUGCCGGAAAUCUGGUGGCCGCACCCACAGGUCCAGCUCCCUGUAACGGAAACCUCGGUUCCGGGCUGUAUUGUGACGGGGAUCUCGCUGGGUUGCUUUCGUACGGGCUGAACUGUGGCCUGGCUAACAAUCCGCCAACUUUCACGCAGAUUCGGUUUUUCAAUCCCUGGAUCCAGCAGCAGUUGACGAGAACCGAUAUUCCACCGCAUGGAUGGUCACCAUUGGAUUUCGCUGUGAACAAUCCUUAAGUGAAAAAAAAACCUGUAAAUAUUUCUGUAACAAUACAAGAAGAAGAUAUUAAAUAAAGCGUCUGAUGGCGCUGAAGUUCACGUGAGUCAGACAGAA